AUGGCGGGCGGGGAAGGAUUCGAGGCGUUAGUGCAGCCCAAAGACCCUGUCCGCAAACUCGCAAUCCCUGCAUCAGCACUUGGCGGGGCUUGGCCGGUCUGUGAUGUCGGCUCUGCGGUUGCGCGCAAUAUCCAUCAGGCCAUCCGUGAGCUGAUCCGACGAGAGCUGGGUUACGGACGUUCCUUCUGGUCUCAAGGUGAAUUGAGACGGGUUGCGCGGCAGCGAGUACAACGGAACACAACAUUGGUUCAGUACCGACAACGCCCGCUACGCCCGGUGCUGCUGUUGGAGAACACGGGUCCGGGAGCUCGGGCAACACAUGGCCAGCUUCACGGGUGA